AUGACCAGCCAAGGCCCCCUAACAACCUACCUCCUAGGAAGCACACCCAAUGGCCUAGCAAGAGCAACAAACCAUCCCUUCCUAGCAGCAGCAGGACGCGGCACCCUCCCAAAAUCAACACUGAGCCAAUGGCUUUCCCAAGACCGUCUCUACGCCCAAUCCUACAUCCGCUUCAUAGGCCUCCUCCUAGCGAAAAUUCGCCUCCCAUCCCAAGCCCCCUCAAGCCCGACCCCACUCCACAGUAGCCCCGAACAAAAAGCAAUAACAGUCCUCAUCGACGCCCUCGUCAACAUUCGCACUGAACUCGCCUUCUUCGAGAAAACCGCAAACGACUACGGUCUAGACUUAACAGCCAUCUCCCCAGAAGAAGGCGGCAUAGUCCUAACAUCCUGCGGCUCAGGCCGAUACAUCACAAACUCUGCCGGAAUCUCAACUGCAGGCUCAAGCGCCUGCCCGGGCUUCACAGGCGGCCGCGACGGCAAAGCCCUGCUAGCACGUGACACCUCUCUCAACGAUUCCGGUUCGGGUUCUGGCUCGUCCGGCGCUGCUGCUACCGGGUCCGGUGCACACAAUGCAGACCAUGGUCUGUGCCGUUCGCAGGGCGAGUGCCAGAUGCCCGCCGGGAGCGAGACGUGCGUUCCACUCCCGCAAUUCGAUGCACCAUCUGCUCAGAACCUCUCGCCGUUUGGGGAGGUGUUGACGCCUACACCUACAGCCACGAAUGCAGGCACAGCGGGACCAGGACGUACGCUUGAAAAGACGGAUGUUGCUACCGAGCUUGAGCGGUGCGGGACUAUUUUGUUCUCUGCUAGUCGGACGACGAGGGCGUAUAUUGAUAUGUUUAUGAGUGCUGGUAGUGCUGGGGUUUCGGUUUUGGAAGGGUUGGCUGUGUUGUGGGCUACGGAGGUUUGUUACCUGCGAGCGUGGAGGUUUGCUGCUGAGUGUAUGAGCGAGCAUUCGAAGGAGGGGAAGGACUUUUCUGGGGAUGCGGAUGGGGGCGCAUUGCGGGGCCAGUUUAUUCGGAAUUGGUCUAGUGUUGAGUUUGAGGGGUUUGUUGAUUCCAUUGGGGAUGUGGUUGACGAGAUGGCUGGGCAGCUCAAGGGGGCUGAGGAGUCGGAGACUAUGCGUGGCCGGUGUUUGGAGUGGUGGAAGCAGAUUCUUUGGUUGGAGGAGAGGUUUUGGCCUAAUGCUGAGCCCUGUCAGUAG